AUGGAGGCGUUUCAACGGUCAGUUGCCUCGAGGGGUAAACUUCUAAAGCAAGACCUUCGCCUGUCGAACCGUUUAGUGGUCUCAGAUACUGGUGCACUUCUAGGGUCGUCUUUAGUAGGUUCAUCCCCAGGUUGGUUGCUAACAUCUCCGAAGCUCGCCACGUGGCGCGUGCUGCUGCUGCUCGUUCCCGCGAUCCUUAUCGGCCAAUCUCUUCUCUCCAGCCACACACAGGGCGUUCCCUCGCACUAUCUCGUCGCUGAAGGAACGGAAAACGCGGCGAUAGGUGCGGUAGAAACGACUCGGAUCGGUGGGGCAGGGACGGCGGCAAUCGCGGAAAUCGGCACGGCUCCAGGUUUCUCCACGUCUCGUUCGAGCAGCGCAGGUGAGGGAGACGAUCCUCCCGAGCCGGGCCGCGGAGGUGGCGGCGGUGGCGGCGGUGCCACUGGUGGCUCUCUCCAGGGCGGGACUGGAAUCGGCACAGGCGGCGUGGACGAUGACAAAGCGGAUCCAGAGAAACAGCAGCACCAGGAUGAGCGGCAGAAGCAGCAGCAAAGACAGGGGCCAUCUGGACUCAGGGUCUUAGUACUACAGGCGCAGCAGCAGCAGCAGCCAGAGCAGCAGCAGCAGCAGAUGCUCUCUAUGGCAGCGCUCACAGCAUCCAGGUCAGCAUCCAGGUCAGCAUCCAGGUCAGCAUCCGCCACAACCGCCGCUAUCCGCGCUUCAGAAGCUGCUGUAGCACCCGCAGCAGGGCUGGAUCAUGGGGAGAUUAAUGGCUAUUCUGCCGACCAGGAUACUAAUGCCAAUCCCAGUCCUUACUAUCAUGGCCAUCCCAGUGCCGAUUCGAAUGCCAGUGCUGGCGGUAGUGCGGGGGGCAAUGCAAGCGGUGGAAGCGGCGGUGCAGGUGAUGCAAGCAGUGCGAGGGGUGCAGGCGGUGAAAGCUGGGGUUCGGAGCGGUUCUACAUGGUGACGGGCGAGGGCGACUACUGCGCGGGAGAGUCGCACUGGACGUGGAGCUUCCUGUGCGCCGCGGCGGAGGCGAAGGCUCUCAACCGCACGCUCAUCAUCCCCAUGGCCCGGUGCCUGGACGCACGGCAUACUUUGUCGCAUCUGACGGAGGAGAAACCGAUGGUGCUGUAUUAUGCCAUGGACCACUGGCCGCGCUUCCAGCCCAUAAUGCCGAGCCUCCAGUUCGAGGUCAAAUUUGGGCUGCUGGACGUGACGAUUCUGAGGGAGAGGCACAACAUGAGCGUGCGUGUGUUUGAGGGGAGCGAGCCCACGAGCAGGCUGGAGAGCGAGGAUGCGCGCAGUGCCACUCUCAUCGUGCGCAAUGCACGGUUCGCCUUUCAGAUGUGCUCUGAAAGCGGGGAUCAGAAGCGUCUGGUGCGCAACUACAACCUGAUCCAGCGUCCCAAGUACCUGCGGCGCCUAGCAGAGGCCAUUCGGCGCAGCAUUGGCGGGGAGUAUGAUGCCGUGCAUGUGCGGCGCGGAGACAAGCUGGAUAGCCGCUUCUGGCGGCACCUCGACCGAGAUACCCGCCCCGAAGCCCUCUUGAAAAAGCUACCCAAGUUUAUAAAGCCGGGGCGCCACGUGUACAUAGCGUCGAACGAGCGCACUCCGGGCUUCUUCAGCCCGCUCGCCUCGCUCUACAAGAUCCACGUGCUCUCCGACUACCGCCACCUCUGGGCGCCUGGCAGCGACUGGUACAACGCGUGCCGGGAGCUCAUGCAGAGACAGCGAGUCUCAUUCAGAGAAACUGGCCCGGUGUUUGACGCUCAGAUGCAGGUGGGUGCAUUUUGA